AUGGAGAGAACAAGUAGCAUUAGGAGAAAAGCCAUGGCCAGACAACAUAAGGCUGAAGUCAUGAUUGCUGGAGAACAACUCAGGUUGAGGCUUCAUGAUGGAAAACUGAUCAAGGAACGACGGUACCACCUGCGCACAUAUCCUAACUGCUUUGUAGCACAGGAGAUCAUAGACUGGCUAGUGAGCCACAAGGAAGCCCCGGACCCAACAGCAGUCCGCCUCAUGCAACUCAUGGAUCAUGAGAUCGUUCACCAUGUCUGUGAUAAGAGGCUGCUGUUCAAGGAUGCAAAACUGCUGUACCGCUUCCGCAAGGAUGAUGGCACAUUUUCCCUUCAUACAGAGGUGAAGAUCUUCAUGAGAGGACAACGACUGUAUGAAAAUCUGAUUGGGGAAAAGAACUCUAUUCUGCAGAUGAGAGAGGAGCAUGGUGUUUGCAUAUCAGCGCUCUUUUCCCGGCUGCAGCUGAUUGACUGGCUCCUUCAGAAUGGAGAGCAGAGAGCCGCUGUCGGGGGCCUGGAGCUGUGCCGGGCAUUGCAGGAGCAUGGCAUCAUUCAGCACGUGCUGAAAAAGCAUGAUUUCUUCGAUAGUGGGCUGCUCUAUCAGUUCUGCAUCAAUUUCCGCCGCCGCCGCCGCCUCUCUCAACUUUUACAUGAAAGUGAGCAAGACAAUGAUGAAGGUGUGGCGCCAUCGACACAGGAGGACAACCACCAUGAUAGUCCAUUUGUUGUGCGCAAAAACCCACUCCAGGAAGCCAACAAUGCUUUCCAGUCAGUGGCAUCAAAUAAAGAGCUGAAACAAGUUACCAGUGGGCGUCGAGGCAGCUUGAACUCCCUUCAGCUUCACUCUGCUGAUUCUCCUCCUGUCCAGCUGUCUUCAACCUCAGUCCUGAAAUGCAAUCCUCAUCAGGCAAUACUUCACAGAACUUUUACAUGUGAAGAGUUAAUGGCACCUGGAGCACCCUUCAUCAAGAGAGUGCUGACGGUGAUAGGAGAUGCCCUGGGCUGGGGAUUUGUUGUCAGAGGCACUGCUCCCUGUUAUGUGCAGGCUGUGGACCCUGGAAGCCCUGCAGCAGCUGGUGGAGUUAAGGUGCGGCAAUUUGUGUACCAGGUGAAUGGACAGUGUGUUCUCUACCUGGACUACAGGACAGUCUCCAGACUGGUGAUGACAGGGCCUCGUACUGUUGUACUGGAAGUUAUGGAGCCACUGAUAUGA